GGGGGCAGCAUUGCCCGGCCGAGUCCACACCCGCGAGAGCUGGGCAGGGCCUGGCUGCAUCCGCACCCGCGCAGGCCCCACGGAGUGCUCCCGUAGCCCGCGCUGGGUCGGUCGGUGUCCCAGUCUGCGUCGUGUUCACGCGAGUCCCCGGGCCGAUGGCGGGCGUGGCGGAGCGGCUGGCGCGGGAGCGCGCAGCGGCGGCGGGGCUGGGUUCCCACGAGCGCGCCGUGCAGUACCUGGGCCAGGAUUUCGCGGCGCUGCGGGAUGCGUGUUUGGCAGAAGGCUCGCUCUUCCAGGACCCGACCUUCCCCGCCGUACCCGCUGCGCUAGGCUUUGCGGAGCUGGGGCCACGCUCCAGCAAGACGCGCGGCGUGGAGUGGAAGCGGCCCCCGGAGAUCUGCGUGGAUCCCCAGUUCAUCAUCGGAGGAGCCACGCGCACAGACAUCUGCCAGGGAGCCCUGGGUGACUGCUGGCUGCUGGCCGCCAUCGCCUCGCUCACCUUGAAUGAAGAGAUCCUGGCACGUGUUGUGCCACUGGACCAGAGCUUCCAGGAUAACUACGCGGGCAUCUUCCGCUUCCAGUUCUGGCAGUACGGCGAGUGGGUGGAGGUGGUGGUGGACGACAGGCUGCCCACCAAGGACGGGGAGCUGCUGUUCCUACACUCUGCCGAGGGCACUGAGUUCUGGAGCGCGCUGCUGGAGAAGGCCUAUGCCAAGAUCAAUGGCUGCUAUGAAGCCUUGUCCGGGGGCGCAACGACCGAGGGCUUUGAGGACUUCACUGGGGGCAUUGCUGAGUGGUAUGAGCUGCAGAAGCCGCCGCCCAACCUGUUCAGGAUCAUCCAGAAGGCGCUGGAGAAGGGCUCGCUGCUUGGCUGUUCCAUCGAUAUCACCAGUGCUGCAGACUCUGAGGCCAUCACCUACCAGAAGCUGGUGAAGGGGCACGCGUACUCGGUCACUGGAGCCGAGGAGGUGGAGAGUGCGGGGAGCCUGCAGAAACUGAUCCAAGUCCGAAACCCCUGGGGACAGGUGGAGUGGACCGGGAAGUGGAAUGACAACUGCCCAAACUGGAACACGGUGGACCCAGAGGUGAGGGAGAGGCUGACCGUGCGGCUGGAGGAUGGGGAGUUCUGGAUGUCCUUCAGCGACUUCCUGAGGCAUUAUUCCCGCCUGGAGAUCUGCAACCUCACACCUGACACGCUCACCAGCGACACCUACAAGAAGUGGAAGCUGACCAAGAUGGACGGGAGCUGGCGGCGGGGCUCCACCGCAGGCGGUUGCAGGAACUACCCGAACACCUUCUGGAUGAACCCCCAGUACCUGAUCAAGCUAGAGGAAGAGGACGAGGACCAGGAGGACGGCGAGGGCGGCUGCACCUUCCUGGUAGGGCUCAUCCAGAAGCAUCGGCGGCGGCAGCGGAAGAUGGGCCAGGAUAUGCACACCAUCGGCUUCGGCAUCUACGAGGUUCCAGAGGAGCUGGCUGGGCAGACCAACAUCCACCUGGGGAAGAACUUCUUCCUGACCACACGCGCCCGCGAGCGCUCUGACACCUUCAUCAACCUGCGCGAGGUGCUCAACCGCUUCCGGCUGCCCCCGGGAGAGUACAUCCUCGUGCCAUCCACCUUCGAGCCCCACAAGGAUGGUGACUUCUGCGUCCGUGUCUUCUCCGAGAAGAAGGCCGACUACCAAGCUGUGGAUGAUGAAAUCGAGGCCAACGUGGAAGAGAUAGAUGCCAAUGAGGAAGACAUCGAUGACGGCUUCCGGAGGCUGUUUGCUCAGCUCGCAGGGGAGGACGCAGAGAUAUCAGCCUUCGAGUUGCAGACCAUCCUGAGGAGAGUGCUGGCGAGGCGACAAGACAUCAAGUCAGAUGGCUUCAGCAUUGAGACCUGCAAGAUCAUGGUGGACAUGCUAGAUUCCGACGGCAGCGGCAAGCUGGGGCUGAAGGAGUUCUACAUCCUGUGGACGAAGAUCCAGAAAUAUCAAAAAAUUUACCGUGAGAUCGACAUAGACAGGUCUGGCACCAUGAACUCCUAUGAGAUGCGUAAGGCGCUGGAGGAAGCAGGGUUCAAACUGCCUUGUGAACUCCACCAAGUCAUCGUCGCCCGGUUUGCAGACGACGAGCUCAACAUUGACUUCGACAACUUCGUUCGGUGCCUGGUUCGGCUGGAGACACUGUUCAAGAUAUUCAAGCAGCUGGAUCCUGAGGACACGGGGACCAUCCAGCUUGAUCUCAUGUCUUGGCUGUGUUUCUCGGUACUGUGAAGCCACGGCUGACGUGCCUGGAGGCUGCAGGGAAGAAAAAUCGGCGGGGACUAAGUUUCUGGACACUGUGUAUCAUCAGGCCCUUGCAAUCAUGAGAACAUUUACGUAAACUGAGGAUUGCAGCCAAAAAGCAUCUUUCUGAGAUGCCCAAACUUUCACAUAUUGGGUUGAAGGUUUGCAUAUUACUGUACUAAACGCAAGUGAGCUGCCUAACCCUUCACAAGCAUGAAGGAAGCUUUACACUUUUUACCUUUACAACUCUCCUGUUCAGAGCAAUACAGUCCAGAAAGACUCGCCGGAAGGUGUAGUAUAUCAGUCUCCAGGCCUCAAGGGCCUGGCUGGUGAUGUCACUAUUAAAAUGCAGGGGUGGCAUUUCCACCUGGCAGCCCUAAGAGGCAGUGUCCCGAGGGCACCGGGAAACUGGUCUUGCUGCAGCCUCAGAGGCCCAGGAGGGUGCAUCCUCCUCAUCCGGGUCAGCUGGGCGCAUCCUCCUCAUCCGGGUCAGUUGGGCCUGGCACAUACAGUGCUUAGCCCUUGCCACAAGUAGCCUUGGGCACUAGUCCUGCCCACCAGGGCCCACAUACCAGCAGCUGGUCCAUGGGCCAGGCCAGGCCACUCGUGUCCUGUGUGGAUCUCUCCCACACUGUGUGGAGACAUAGCAGACUGGUUUCCUGGCCUGACUUGGGGAAAAGCUGGUGACACGGUGACAAUGUUGCCUUUUGCCUUACCCUGACCCAGUGUCCUAUUGAAUAAAGAGUUGCCUGCUGGC